AUUAAAUGUUAGAUAACUUUACAUACUUAUAACCUCAAUGUUAUUUACUUUCUCUAGUUGUCACAAUGACACUUGUGCUGUACCGAAAAAACUAAAAAUGUAAAUAUUUCAAUCCCAACAAUAAAUUCAAAGUAAUAUGGAUAAAUUUAAAGUCGAAUGUAAGAGAAUUUGCGUGUGGGAGGACAAAAACCCUCUGAAAUGCGUGAAAUUAACGAUAAACACCAAACUGUUUAAAACUACCGACACCUUACUGGAGCACAUUACCGAAAAGUUGAACACUAACAAGGCGAUACUGAGUUUGAUCAAUCUGGACACCAAAGAACCUGUAGAACUGAUAGACGAUCUAGAGGAGGGGGGGAAAUACGUUGGGGCGGAAAAUAGGGAAGGCACUUUCAACGAGAACAUUAAGUACGAAACUGAAUCAGAACGCAAGUUGAAAAUAGAGAAGAAAAAGGAAUACUCGCUGUAUCAGCAAGGAGACUCGGACUACAAGGACCAUGACUUCCUCAACUUCACGAAAAAGUACCUCAAAACAAUAAUUUUCGUGCUUAUAAAUGGGCGCGAAAGACAAGCUGGUAAAAAGUUCGUUUUCACCAGAGAAGAUUUGGAGGGAAAGUGGCAAAUAAUUUUGAAUUACAUCGCUCAUUUCCUGAAUAUCGUUGGUGGACUGGAAGGUCUGUAUACGUUAUGUGGUGACAAGGUUUGCGGCAGUUGGGAGCUACAACAUGGUUCUGCGUACGUAGCGGUAAAAUACCACGAGAAAUUUAAGAAGAUGGACUACCUUGAAGUUUAUAAUAACUUCUUUCCCAAAAAAUCUAGCUACAUUGUGGAUAUCAAGGCAGUGUCUGGACCUAGCUCUUUCGUGGUCAAAAGAGGAAGAUCAAUUUUGUGUUUCAAUAAAGUCCGAAAACGUAAAAACGCACAUUUAACGAAACCUUUUCAUAAUUAUUUUACCCACAGGACUAUCGUCAAAGUGCAAAGACAAAUCUAACAUGUUGGUCGACAGUAAGACAACUCCAACAAGAAGAACCAAAGCUGUAAAACCUAGCAAUGAGUCCAAAAGACGUGGCCUAAAUGAAGGGAGUUCCAAGGACAGACGAACUCUUGAUAGAAAGAAUAAUAAAGGAGGUGCUAAAUCUCCGGAUAAAGGAUAUUUAGAUAAAAAUAAAGGAGAUAUACCUUCGAAAUCCAAAGGUGAAUGCCGAUGUCAAAAUGCGAGUGACGAAGAGGAGCAAACACCACCACCAGUUAAUACAAAAAAAAGUAAAAAGGAUGAUCGCAAUGAAGGAAGAAGUUCCAUUGGCAGACGAAGUUCUUUUGACAGAAGAAAUAACAAAAAUAAAGGAAAUAUACCUUCAAAAUCCAAGGUGAAGGUCACGAUCAGGGUGACGAAGGGGUAUUAGAGCAAACACCAGAGCCAGUUAAUCAAAACAAAAGUAAUAAUAGAGAGGUUCGCAAUAAAGGGAAACAAAGUCCACUCGAUAGAAGGACAAAGUUGGACAAAGGAUCCCCUGAAUGUGGAUGUGUAAGUGACGAAGAUCUGAACCCAAGAAAAACGGGUAUUACUGCUUCCUCACACGACGUGUUCAAACAAACUCCGAACCCGGCUGACAAACAUAAAAGGAGCGUCUCUAUAACGUCUCAAACCUCGAAACAACCGAGCGUUUGCAGCGACGACACCUGCGAAGUUCUGCAAGACAAACCCUCGAACAGUAACAAUAAAGGUACCAAGAAGAAAUCAACGAAGAAAGAUCUCGGUUCGGGAAGAGAACAACUCGAAACCAAAAAAGUACAAGAGGAGAGUCAGCGAUACCAGAAAUUUGGACGCCCCGAAACCCGCGAAGAAAAACGGGAAGAAGAUGAAGAAUGGGGGUAAAAAAUCGAAGAAAACUGCUGAUAAAAUUGAGAAUACGUCGGACAAUGAAGAUUACGAUAACCAGAGACCUGCUGAUGGCCGUAGUCGAUAGCAACACAAGAAGAAACUCUAGGUUGAGCGUAGCAACGAAUUCCUGUGGGUGUAACACAGAAACAGAAGAAGAAUCGCCGGUAAGAAACCGAAGACCAUCUUUGGAUAAAAAUGUGACGACCAAUCAAAUUGACAGCAGUUGUUCGACGGAGGAUAACGAUUUAGACAAAAUGAAAGAUGUGACUGAUAGCUCGUGUCAAAGUACUGCGGAUGAAAAUAAACCAACGUGAAAAAAUAAGGGAUAUAAAUAACUGCAAAUGUUGCGGAUGUAAAACAAUGGACACCAAUGAUAUUGGAAUGUCUACUGAUGACGAAGAAUGUGAAAAUAUUGCUUCCAAAAAGCCUGUUGAUGAAAGGGUUCAAAAUAAACAAAACAACGAUACAAUGAAUAAAAAUACUAAUACUGAAUUGAGCAAGUCAGAAAAUCAAAAUAACGAAACUGAACACAAAAUAUGCAAAUGUGCUUGUUAUUGUUCGGGCACACGCGAACCGAAAGUUAACAAAAAACGUGGUUCAAGAUCUUCCAUAAGGAGUUCACGUUCUCAGGAUAGUAGGCGUAGUAACCCUGAAUUAAACCAACAAAAUUCAGAAGAAGAACAAGAAUCAAGCCGAAAACAAAAUGCAGAAGACGAACGAGAAUCAAGUCCAAAACGAGAGAAUUUUUACGAAAAUAAAAAACAAGAUUCUCGAUCGGGAAGACCCAAGGAUAUCUCUAGAGGACCUUCAAAAACCCAAAAAGAGAAAAAAAUGCCCAGAAGAAACAGUAUGGAACCCAAAAAAGAAGAAAAAGAGUUCAACCACAAUGCUGAAAGAAAAAGAGAUAAUAAUAUUACAGGGGAAAAGAAAAAAGAAAAACUUGCUUCAAAGAAAAGACGUAAAAGCCUGAAUCAAGAUACAAAAAAACCUGACGAACCAUCGAAUCCACCAUCUGAACCUGCAAAUAACAAAAACAGUCCACCUAAAAAAGGUUUCUCAGAUAAAAAGUUACCAAAACCUGAGGAAACAUCGAAUUCACCACCUGAGCUUGCAAAUAACAAAAACAGUCCACCUAAAAAAGGUUUAUCAGAUAAAAAGUUGGCAAAACCUGAGGAAACAUCGAAUUCACCACCUGAAGCUGAAAAGUACAAAAAUAUUCCACUCAAAAAAAGUUUCGUAGAUAAAAAGGUAACGAAACAAGGAAGCAGAACCUCACAGAAAAUGAACAGUGAAAUAAUACGACAAACAUUAAAAUCAUCCGAAAAGAAGGAAUCUCGAAAAGAUGUUAAAGUGAAAAAACAAUCGUCAAAAGUGAAGCAGGCUAGGAGGAGCAAAAGCAAUGUUGAAGAUCGCAACACAGCUGAUCAUUUUGAUGGUCCUCCCGAUCCGGAAACACUAAUGCAACUGAUGGAAACUCGUAGACCAUCUGUAGGUCACAAAACCCUCUCAGAAAACAUAAAGACUGAUAUGCAGAACAACCUGUCCAUAAAAAACGAGAUAGAAAAUGCGCAACAUUUGAAACAAUGCAAGAAGCAAUGUAGAGGGCUAUGUCAAACGAAAAA